AUGGACGCCCCAUCUCUCUCUUCACACACAGCCUCCAUCACUCCAUCUCACACUCUCAGAUCAGAUCACGCACUCAACGUCUCUCACUCUCCAAGACGCCAAUUGUCGCCGCCGCCGAGCUCCGAUCCACAAGUCUCUUGUUUUUUCUGCUCUUCGUCUCUUUAUCUCACUCCUUCUACCUUCCUGGCGUUGCUCCUAGCGAUUUCUAAAUAUGAUUUCAGUGGAAGAUGUGAUUUAGUAAAAUUCAUAAAGGAAAUUCAUGCACACGGUUUAUAUGCAUGCCUUAGGAUUGGACCCUUCAUUGAGAGCGAAUUGUCUUAUGGGGGUCUGCCAUUGUGGUCACAUGACAUUCCAGGCAUUGUCUACCGUUCUGAUAAUGAACCAGUCAAGCUACCUCAGAUGCAGUGCAAGGUACAGUCAGCCAGACAGCGUGAGUAUGAUGGAGCACAUACAAGAUAUCUUGAGCCUUUAAGCCCCAGCUCCCUCUCCCUCCUUAAUCAUCUCCGACUCUAUAUCCCUGAUGCCGAAGGUUUCAUCGGCACUUUUCUUCAAUUACAACACCUCGAUGGGACUGCUAUAUCGGGUUUUGCUGGACAUGGAGAAGGGAAUGACGGACUGCCUAUAUGCAAAAUGUGAGUUUAGAAUCACAGGUUUCUUCAAUUUAAUGUGAAUAUUAAUUUGCUGCAAGAAUUGUUGUGCCGUGUUGAUGAGGUAUCCUAAGUUCAACAUAGUUGUUAAUGUGGUUUUAUAACAAGCAUUGAGUGCCAUGUAUCAUUGGCAAACACUUAAAUAUGUGUUGGUUGCUUAAUGAUAUUUAUCAAAAUAUUACUCUUGGUUGUGUGGAUGUCCAUGAGAAUGCUUAAGGAAUAAAAUGAGGAUCUUUUUUUAAAUUAUGAUUUUA